AUGCCCUUCUACACAGUUAAGGUGGAAUGGACGAAGAAAUAUGACUGCAUGGAACAAGCGAUACGUUCACAUCUCACAAGUGCACCAUCAAGUUGCAACUUUAGAAUAUUUAACAGGCUGUGUCACAAAGUUGAAAAAGCGAAACACACAACUGAACAAUUUCAAGCAAUUCGAUGUCAAAGGGACCUCCUUUAUUGCUCCACUGAGCUUUCAAAUAUACAGACAGAAAGACAAAUAGUCAUAAUUGAAAGAUUGAAGAGUGGGAGCGUCGUAAGCAGAUUUGUGCAUCUGCAUACUUCAUUGGGCUUGUUAUGUCUGCUGUGCUUCAAAUCAACUUAUGUGUCAAAAUCACGUCUUCUGAAGCGUAAAUGUGUGCAAAUAUGCAUGUUUGUUCUGUUAUAUUAUGCCAUUUAA